GUCACUUCACGCAGGCAAUGAUUUUGCCUCACAAUAAACUUGUUGGUCGGGGUCUAGUGUUUUCUUGUUUUCUUCCGGUUCGGGGGGAGUCUAUCUCGUCAUGGCGUCGAGAGAUCUGUUGUGAUUGAUGAUAGGGCGUGGGCUGUGGAGUGAACAAUGCGUAACGAGGGCGCCACACGGAACCACCGAGUGCGGGCAUGUGCACUGCUGUGCCUCUUUGAGAUCGUGGAAGUUCUUGUGUAUUUUAUUGAAGUCGUUCUUGUCCCUAAAUAUUGCUACCCUUUUUUCCGUUGCCUGCUCAUGGUUUUCGUGUGUCAUGUUGUCGUGAACGAUUACGAGUUAUCCUCUUUUCUUUCUUGCUCAAGAUACUAACAAAAUGAAUGGGUGGUGUGCGCGCGUUUUUCUUCAUGGUACAAUAAUUGUCGUCUGUAUGUGUCUGCUGUUGAGAGUAAAUUAGUGGCCCUUCUCUUUUUCGUCGGGCACAGCAGCAGCUGAUUGUGAGUUGCUAUUCGUUGACUUUUUCGUCUGCCAGAGGAUGGCCGAAGGCCGAUGGGUUUGCGAAUUUCUGACGUGUCAUUUCAAGGGGGGAAAACGACUUUUGUAAUCGCGGUUUUUUUACUCGAAGAGAGAAAGAGAGUUAGACGAGAGGCUGAUGUGGAGGGAUCAUUGGCGAUACGAUGUAACCGUCGAAACAAGGCUGGUGCAAGAUUUCAGCGCCGCCGCUGCUGCUAGCCGAGCACGACACGCUCGAGUAGGAGCGGAGUGGUGGUGUUUUUUUACGGGUGAACAACUGUCUGUGCACGAUGCUUUUUUUACUCUUCUUUCGGAGAUGUCGCUAGCGAACGAAGCGUUGCCUGCGCUGGGACUACGUGGCGUGGUGACCGCAGCAGGCAGGCGUGUCGCUAAAAGCGAUCUGUUGUUUUUGUUUUCGGAGAUCGGGUACUACUUGUAGUGAGUAAAGAAAUAGCAGUACCUUCCGCCAAAGUGUAUUUCCAGUAUAUACUUCCUUUUGUAUUGGGUGAUCCGUGGUGUUUAGACAUUCAAGGUACAGGGGGUAAAGCUAGGGAAUCCCCCUCCCGGGGAUAGUUCGCGACCCCCUCCCCCCCCUUCCGAAUUGUAUGAAAAUUCCAGGGUUUGCCGCGCCAGCAACGAACAGUAGUCUAGCUACAUGUUUCGACUUUAGGAGCGUUCAUGUUUUCGUGAGUGCUAUGCGCACAACCUUCGUUUUUUGUGGAUGCUUUUGACCAUUGUGUACCUUGUAUUUGGGUUAGCUUGUGACCAUCCAUGGAAGUUCGGUGCUAUGCCUCGAAAGUGUAAGGAAGAGGUAGCAAAGGUACUCGAUAGACGCCAGCUGCGUUUUUUUUGUAGUGAAGACAACAAGACAGGGAGCAACCAAGUGUACCCGAAGAUUUUCUGUAGUGUAAUAAUCUCGAACGUUUGCCUACCGUCGACCGUCUAUACGUCGCUUGGACCGAGUUUCAAAGCUCGAUUGGUCAUCAUCUGGGAACAUGGGUAUCAAUACCCAACACUGC